AUGAGAUGCAAGCUUGACCCGGAAAACUUUGAGGAAGGAAGCGUGGAGCUCACACUUUCAACCGGUGCCAUUGGUAGUGAUCGCAGCGAUGAAGAACACCACCGGGUGGCUGAGUUUAUUCUGUAUAUGGCCACUCGUGACCUCGACACCUACCCCUUCAAGUGUCUUCACCAAGUGGACUUGGUUGUGCACGAAGACUACAGAAAGAAAGUGGUUGAGAUGGCCGCUCGGAUGGCUCGAAAAGACGACACCAACAUCAUGACCUUCGACACCUUUAUUCUGGGGGAGGAAGAGUGGUUUGACGAUGAGCUUUUUGACCUUGUGAACGACCACUAA